CCAGCCGGGAAGUGGUUCAGGAGGACAAAGCCUCGCGAGUGGGCCCUGCAUGCGAAAUGCUCCACGCCCUGAGCAGCUGGAGGAGCAACUGGGCAUGCACUGCGGAGGGGUGAGAAUUUCCCUUUGGGGUUUUUCUUGGUUUGCUUGCUAAGAUCCCUACCUCAGGGGAAGAGAUUGUGACCCGUCCGCUGAGGCAUUCCUCAGCCUCACAAAAUGACCAGGGAAGGGUGGCUAUUCCCCGAAAGGGAGUCGUCCCGCUGAGCCCCACCAACACGAGCUCUCGGCAGGACCGUGCUCCAGGCGCAGGGAUGUGCCCGCGGUCACAGCCACACGGGGCCGCCCCGCGCGGCCGCUGCAGGAAUGGCUCCUGCUCUCCCUUCCCGGACUCCGGGCGCGGUGUGCCGGGCACACUCUUCCUUUGGAGGGGUGUGCCGACACACAUAAGGCACCGGACCUGAAGUCCUUCUGAGGGUCGGCCAAGAGGGAAGUAUCGCAGCCAGUUCUCCCGCGGGGCAUCUUUCCCCUUUUACAAGCUCGGGGCUUUGGGACGGGAAUUUGAAUCUCUGCGCGUAUGUUAUGCUUCCACUAAUAAGCAGCACAGAAGGAAUAGUUUACCCCAGCUCUCACUUCACCCGUUCUAGACUGCCAGAUAGCACGGAGCGGGUUCGCGCCUUUCUAUUACAAAGUUGCAUUUGAAUAGCGCAGUACACAUCGUUCGGCCUCUGCCCCUCUCCCCCCGGAGCCCGCAGCCAACUUGUCUCGGGGCUGGACCCUGGAUGGAGCUCUGCUCUGCGGGAGCCACGGACUCCGGGGGGGCUUAGAGGGCAAAGCGUUUGGGACAAGGGCCCGGACUGGGCUCUGAGCAGCCUUCUGUGCCCCCCGCAGUGGGUGGCGGAUCCUCCAGCAGCCCCUCGCGGCGCUGCCUGGCCAAGCACGUUGGGCUCCCUUCGGGGAAGCACAGCGGCUCUCAUAAAAAAGACAUUGUUGGCUUUGGAGAGCCCUGCGCGCUCUUUCAAAAGGCCCUCCUUGAGUUCCCAGCCCCCGCAAUCCAGUUGAUGAGGAAACGCGCUGCGGUGUUGGUGGCACCGUUUCCAUUGGGAUUGGCACCGUUUGAUUGACAAAGUCUCACAUUCUUCCACCUCUCGAGUGUUAUCAAACGGAUUGUGUGGGGUCAGAAGCUAUUGAAGGGACGUCCGUGUAGCCGCGUUCUGCAAACACGGGGUGAAGACCAUGCCUUUUUCAUGAAAAUGCUUCCACCAGGCAAAACGCGGUUCAUCUUCCCUGCUCUCCUCCUUAGCAUUUCCUUUUACCUCGAGCGAGUCCCUAAGCUGCAGCAUCAGGUAAACGAACAUAGCUCCAGAGGCAGCCCAAGCAGGGACCUGCCGAGCGCUGCUCUCCCUCCCCUACCUCCCUCCCUCGCCGCCCCGGGUUGGGGAGCGCGGACACAAAUCCGGCAGUGGGGGCUGAGAGGAGAGGGGUGGAUUCCGAAAGGGCGGCAGAGGGGAGCAGCCGAGGCUCGACUGGCCCCGCAGAGCUACUUGGGGCGGUAAGGAGGAUCGGGGGCUGCCCUGCUCCAUCUCACUGGAUGGAUCCGGAGGGGCUGAAAACUGCAGGUGGGAUCUUGCGGGGUGCAGAACCUCAGUAUCCACAGACAGCGGUCAGCCCACUAAAAGAUCUUCACCCCGCUGCUCUCUCUCUAAUUCCCCUCCUCCAGCCCCCGAGCAGGGUCAGGGCCGGACUCGUUCGGCUCCAUUUCACCAAGCAGCGUUUCGGGGGCUGCCCGAGCGCACCCCAUAGAAGCGGCUGUGCCCGGGAUGGUGCAGUAUGGGCAGCCACCAGCCCAACCCCGGCUCCGCGGGUUAUGGGGCACCGCCGUGCUACCUCCCGAGAUUGAUGUGAUGGUGGAUCCUUCGGUAUUAUUUUUUCCUCUAUCCUCACCCUCCUGUUCUUAAAGGCCAAUAAAGCAGGCACGGAGGUGAUGGGCGAGGAAUCCGAGGGAAACAGAAACAAACAAAACCCCACAAGGUGAGAUCUCUUUUCAGGAGCAAACCCCAAGAUCUUACUGAAAAAUGCGCACAGAAAGGGGGAUGGGGGGAGAAGAGACGCGGGAGUGGGAGGUAAGGGGAAAUAAAUACCCCAGGGAUCUGGAAGGAAGUGAUCCAAAGGUCCGGAGAGGAAAGAGGCCGAAUUCAGAGAAGCCGCCCCCAGCCUGAAACUGCCCUUGUGCCCGCGGGACCCGACGGACCCCCAAGAGCCCACCCUGGGGCUGGGGGGAUCCAAGCGGGGCCAGAAGGGCCGAGGGCCUGACGGAAGGAAAGUCCCCCGGUUUAUGUGUGUGGAAAAGCUCACCUCUCGCGGAGCUGUAAAGUGUAAUCAAGGCUGAGGCUUACACUUGAAGGAUGUUAACUCUCAUACGGGAACCUACUUUCUCCUAAACGGUUUCUUGCCUACUGAAUGAGAGCCUCCCAAUUGAGGCAAAAUGAUCCUUAUGCGCUAAUAUCUAGCGUAGUCACAAAGCGACCGGCUAUUUACGCUGCCACUUUAGACAAAGAUAUUUAGUUAUUCCCGGGUAGCAAGUGCACUUUUGCAUUUUUAAGCACGAACCAGCCGAGCACCAAUAUAUUUACAAGUGCAAUUACUAAAUAGUUACUUGACACUUCAAAGUCACUGGGUUAACUGUACCUUCGCUGUAAUUUCCUUAAUAUUCAGGUAAUCGCUUUAUUAAACGACUUUCCCAGGGCUAUCGGCCGGGGUGUGAAUUGCUCAGUGGAGGUUCCUCCCUUCCUCCCGAAGCGCACCGAGCCGCCGAAUCAUGUCGAUGAGCCCAAAGCAUACGACUCCUUUCUCAGUGUCUGACAUCUUGAGUCCUUUGGAGGAAAGCUACAAGAAAGUGGGCAUGGAGGGCAGUAACUUGGGGGCUCCCUUGUCAGCCUACAGACAGUCUCAGGUUUCGCAGCCGGCCAUGCAGCAACACCCCAUGGGCCACAACGGAACGGUGACUGCCGCCUACCAUAUGACAGCGGCAGGGGUCCCCCAGCUCUCCCACGCUACUAUGGGGGGCUACUGCAAUGGGAACCUGGGCAACAUGAGCGAGCUCCCGCCUUACCAGGACACCAUGCGGAACAGCGCUUCAGCGACAGGAUGGUACGGCACCAACCCGGACCCCCGCUUCUCUUCAAUCUCCCGCUUCAUGGCGCCGUCAUCGGGCAUGAACAUGGGCGGCAUGGGCGGCCUGAGCUCCCUGGGGGACGUGAGCAAGAGCAUGGCCCCGCUGCAGAGCACGCCGCGGAGGAAACGGAGGGUCCUGUUUUCCCAGGCCCAAGUUUACGAGCUGGAGAGAAGUUUCAAGCAGCAGAAAUACCUCUCCGCUCCCGAGAGGGAACAUUUAGCCAGCAUGAUCCACCUCACCCCGACUCAGGUCAAAAUCUGGUUCCAGAACCACCGCUACAAGAUGAAGCGGCAGGCCAAAGACAAGGCUGCGCAGCAGCAGAUGCAACAGGAGAACGGCUCCUGCCAGCAGCAGCAGUCCCCCAGGAGGGUGGCGGUGCCGGUGCUGGUGAAGGAUGGCAAGCCCUGCCAGGCGGGCUCCAACACCCCCACCGCAGCCAUCCAGAACCACCCGCAGCAGGCGGCCACGACCAUCACGGUAGCCACCAAUGGCAACAGCCUCGGACAGCAUCAGAGCCAUCAGACAAACAGUGCGGGGCAGUCUCCCGACAUGGGACAGCACUCGGCCAGCCCUUCCUCCCUGCAGAGCCAAGUCUCCAGUUUGUCUCACCUGAACUCUUCCACUUCUGACUAUGGCACUGCCAUGUCCUGCUCCACCUUACUAUACGGUAGGACCUGGUGAAAGGAUUAAAGAAAGCGAAACAAAACAGAACAAAACGAAACGAAACGAAACAAAACAAAAAGGAGAAAAAGAAAAAAGCAAAUUUUCCCAGUCACGCAAAUCUCUGUCCUGUCCAAAGUACUGGGUGCUUCUUCCUUUGCUCUUUUAUUGUUUUUUUUUUUUCUUUUUUUCUUUUUUUCAUUUUUUACAUUUUUUUUUCUUUUUUCCCUAAAGCAUUUUUUCGCCCCCCCGUUUUACUGAGUGGUUCUCUGAGAACCCCUAAGAGAGAAAGGGAGAGAGUGACUUUUUGUUCCGUUCUCUGAUACUGUGACGGUUUUGGGUCUUUCUUUUUUCCCGUUUCCCCCCCAGCUUGCUGUGUGGGAUGUUAAACCAAUUCUGACCAAUAACCACGGAGCAGUCUGCAGACAGGGGCCCGUCGGUAAGGCAUGGCCCGAAGGCUCGGAUUGCAGAUGGACCCUUUGCCAGCGUCUAGGACUUGCAUGUAAAUAUAGAGAUUGGGGAGGAUGGGGUUGGGUUUUUUCCCAAAAACGCGGUCGCGGCGCGCAGCCACAGAGCAACCUCCCCCACCCCCCGGCUCCGCUCCCAGCCUCGUCCCAGCGAUGGAGCCGGGGGGCCACACGAGGCUUUGGCUUUUCUUUACGUUUGAUGUGAACCUGUAGCUGUAUAAUGCUGUCAAAAGUUGGACUAAACCCAUAGUUUUUAGUAUCCUGUAUAUUUUGUUGUAAAAAGAAAGAAAAAAAAAUACAAUCAACAAAACCAACCCCACCCCCUUUUUUAUGGACACUGAUCGUCCCCUCGUAAACCCUCCGGCAGUUUGUUCUUUGCGCACGCCGCCUUUUCCUGUUGUAACUUAUGUAGAUAUUUGGCUUAAAUAUAGUUCAUAAGAAGCUUCUAAUAAAUUAUACACAUUGCGAAUA